CGUAAAUAAGAACGUGGUGUGUGCCCCGGAAGCGGAAGUGCAUCCUCUUCUUGAAAGGCUGAAUUACGCGGAGUGGUGACGUUUCCUCAUUGGGCGGAAGGUUCGGUGGCAGUCGUCGGUCUACCAGCUGGUGGGAGUUGGCGUAGCUGUGCUGGACUCUGGGACCCUCGUUUAUAUAGUUUGGAAAGUCGGUCUGUGGCGUCGCACCUGUCUGUCUGAUCCCCGCUUUCCUCUGAUUCCUCCCACGGCGUGGGGCCUCGCAAAGGAAUCCCUGGCCCCUUUGGGCCACGGCCGUAGCUGUGCCUUUUGAGAUUUCCUUGUAAUCACGUCUCAAAACCUUCAAGAUGGUAUUAGCAGACCUUGGAAGAAAAAUAACAUCAGCAUUACGCUCUUUGAGCAAUGCCACCAUUAUCAAUGAAGAGGUAUUAAAUGCUAUGCUAAAAGAAGUAUGUACAGCAUUAUUGGAAGCAGAUGUUAAUAUUAAACUAGUGAAACAACUAAGAGAAAAUGUAAAGUCUGCUAUUGAUCUGGAGGAGAUGGCAUCUGGUCUUAACAAAAGAAAAAUGAUUCAGCACGCUGUAUUUAAAGAACUUGUAAAGCUUGUAGACCCUGGAGUUAAAGCAUGGACACCUACCAAAGGAAAACAGAACGUGAUCAUGUUUGUUGGAUUGCAAGGGAGUGGUAAAACUACCACAUGUUCAAAGUUAGCUUAUUAUUACCAGAGGAAAGGUUGGAAGACCUGUUUGAUAUGUGCAGACACAUUCAGAGCAGGGGCUUUUGACCAACUAAAACAGAAUGCUACUAAAGCAAGAAUUCCAUUCUAUGGAAGCUACACAGAAAUGGAUCCUGUUAUCAUUGCCUCGGAAGGAGUGGAGAAAUUCAAAAAUGAAAAUUUUGAAAUUAUUAUUGUUGAUACAAGUGGACGUCAUAAACAAGAAGACUCUUUGUUUGAAGAAAUGCUUCAAGUUGCUAAUGCUAUACAACCUGAUAACAUUGUUUAUGUGAUGGAUGCCUCCAUUGGGCAGGCUUGUGAAGCCCAGGCUAAGGCUUUUAAAGAUAAAGUAGAUGUAGCCUCAGUAAUAGUGACAAAACUUGAUGGCCAUGCAAAAGGUGGAGGUGCACUCAGUGCAGUUGCUGCCACAAAAAGUCCAAUUAUUUUCAUUGGUACAGGGGAACAUAUAGAUGACUUUGAACCUUUCAAAACACAGCCUUUCAUUAGCAAACUUCUUGGUAUGGGUGACAUUGAAGGACUGAUAGACAAAGUCAAUGAGUUGAAGUUGGAUGACAAUGAAGCACUUAUAGAGAAGUUGAAGCAUGGUCAGUUUACGUUGCGAGAUAUGUAUGAACAAUUUCAAAAUAUCAUGAAAAUGGGCCCCUUCAGUCAAAUCUUGGGUAUGAUUCCUGGUUUUGGAACAGAUUUUAUGAGCAAAGGAAAUGAACAGGAGUCAAUGGCAAGGCUAAAGAAAUUAAUGACGAUAAUGGAUAGUAUGAAUGAUCAAGAACUUGACAGUACGGAUGGUGCCAAGGUUUUUAGUAAGCAACCAGGAAGAAUCCAAAGAGUAGCAAGAGGAUCGGGUGUGUCAACGAGAGAUGUUCAGGAACUUUUGACACAAUAUACCAAGUUUGCACAGAUGGUAAAAAAGAUGGGAGGUAUCAAAGGACUUUUCAAAGGUGGUGACAUGUCUAAGAAUGUGAGCCAGUCACAGAUGGCAAAAUUGAAUCAACAAAUGGCCAAAAUGAUGGAUCCACGAGUUCUUCAUCACAUGGUGUGUGACUUUCUUGGAGAGAAGAUUGCGUCUGUUUUGGGCAUCAGCACCCCAAAAUACCAGUAUGCCAUUGAUGAGUAUUACCGGAUGAAGAAGGAGGAGGAGGAGGAGGAGGAAGAAAACAGGAUGUCUGAAGAAGCAGAAAGACAAUACCAACAGAAGAAGAUGCAGGCUGAUUCCACUGUUCAGACAGAUCAGCCAGAAACAGUGGUAUCCAAUUCAUUUGUGAAUCUCAAUUUUGAAAUGGAGGGAGAUUGUGAAGUAAUUGCAGAAAGCAAACAAAAUCCAGUCUCUGUCCCACCAUAGAAUGCAGUGACUUUCAAACUUCGAACCCUAAGGUGGUUUUCUUAUCAGGAACUUUGACAUUAUUCAGUAAUACUUAAUAUAGUUAUUUAUACUUUAAAUUAUUACCUGGAAAGGGGAUAAUGUUUCUUUAUCCUUCGGCUUUGUCUAGCAAAAGUCAGAUCUGAAAUUUGGAUGUUUGUACUGUGCUUUUACUGUGUGUCUAAUUAGUGUUUUGGUUUUAAAACGAUAUUUAUAAAAAAGUAAAGGACAUUUCAGACCCCUAACUGCAAUUAAGAAGAGUUAAAUUAUCAUGAUUGUCUGUUACUUGUAUUUGUGAAAAAAAAUUGGUAAGUUGCUGAUUAAGGCUAAUUGAAGCUGAUGUUCCUAAUUUCAGAGGAUUUUUUUCCCCUAGAUCUUUUCAUUGUUAUUCUUACAUUUAUAUAUCUAGCCACCAAUUUCAUACUAAGGAUGAUUCACUGAGUUUGUAAUAAAAGGAGCAAGAUAAAAGCACUUAGAAUUUUAUUUUCUUGAAUAUCUUUAUUUUAUGGAAAGAUGAUUGAGUUUUUAACACCAAAUCUUAAAAUAGGUUCCUUUUUUUUAUGUAGGUUAUUUAAACUUUUUAGUAGUUAUUAAAUAAGUAUCUUUGAACAUAAUGUUAAAAUACUAAGUUAUUGAAUGAAUUUAUUAAUGUAUUUGUUUUCAAGUGGCAAUACCUAAUGAUUAUCCACAUGGCGUCCCGGUUAUGUCACUCAUUGAGCCCUUAGUGCCUCCUAUGGGCCAGGUACUUACAGGGAGGGGCUGGGAUUGGGAGGCAGAUGAAGAGUUAACCCAUCAGGGGCUCAGUUAAAUACUGUACAAGGUGCAGUGGUAACAUAAUGAAGGUAGUUGUCAUUUACCUCUUCAAAGUAACAACAGUAAAGUGGACAGUUUGCCUGGCCCAUGUGGGCCAUCUGUCUAUCCACUGUGCUGUUAGCCAAACUUACAAAAAUAUAGUAUGAAAUUAAUUUUGAAAGUAUUCUUAAAUAUGUGUUCAGAAUCUUAUGUCUGUAUGAUUUUGAUUUGUAACUAAAUGUGGGUAAGGAAGAGUAUGUAGCAUAGUUCAGAUAUUGCUAUUAAAAGACUAUUCACAAACUGAAAGAGCCUUUAGAAAUUAAUGGUUAUUGAUAGCCAUCUAAACAGCAUUAAACUUCCCAUCUCAAAUAUAUCUACAUAAAAUACAGAGAAACAACACACAUACACCGGGCCUAUUAUGGAACUCUGUUCUCAAUGAACAUGAACAUCUAGCCACGAAGUUCAGUUUUUUAACUGAAAUUUGAAGAAUUUAUGAAAGAUAAUUCUUCAUUAAGAAUCUGUGGUUACAUGGAUUAGUAGUGGUUCAUGGCAUGCGAUGGUAAUCUUAUUAGUCAUGGGUGUAAACUGCACAGUUUAGUGUUUCAGGGACUAAUCAUCAGAUUAUAUAAUUAAUGGCACCGUAAAUUAUAGUUUACCAGUAGCUUUAAAACAUCGUAACCUGAAAACUAGAAACUUUCUAAUUAUAGCAGAAGAUAAUGACUUCCACUACAUGUUUUGUGUUUCUUGAAUUUUACAUUCUUGUCCAACAGUGGCUAGUCUGUAAUGUUUAUAUGGUUAUACACUGUGCCUUAAAUUUUUAUAUUUUUAUUUAUGCAAACUAAAACAUUUCCCAUAAAUGCAUUAAAUGGUUUUGUCUUAUUUUCAAGCUUCCUUCAGUUUUUCUUACUUUCAUCCCUUUUAAUAUUUACUGUUCUCUCUGGGUCAUAGUUCAUGAUAUUCUAGCCUCUUCUGAUCUUUCUUAUCUUACAAACUAAACAUAGUGUAACUGAGACCCUUUACAGUGAGUUCAAUUCUCUAAUGACAAUCCUUGACAAACGGAAUUAACCCUGGUACUGGUUAAUAAAUCUAGACAAAUUUUUUAUACCGAUUUUAAUUAAAGUAAAAUAUUAACUUUUUUUUUUUUUACCAUAUCUAAACACUUCCCAGAAAUGAAUGGGAAAGCCUGUAAUCUCUGAUAUACAUAAUACUUCAGUAGAAUACUCAAGGUUAAAUUACCACAUAGUUUAAACUAUCAGAUAUUCAAUUUUUUUUUUUAAGAUUUUAUUCAUUUAUUUUCAGAGGGUAGGGGAGGGGAAAGAGAAGGAUGGAAACAUCAAUGAGUGGUUGUCUCUCACACACCCCCCACUGGACACCCAGCCCAGAAUGGGCCCUGCCUGGGAUUUGAACCAGUGGCCCUUUGCUUUGCAGGCUGGCACCCAAUCCACUGAGCCAUACCAGCCAGGGACAGAUAUUCAAGUUCUUAAUGACCAAUGUCAGAAACAUUCCCUGAAAACUUCCUUUAUUCCUAAAGGUUACACAGAUUUAAGUGGACCUCUUCUGCCUUCACCAGAUCAUACUUGCCUUAUUUAUUUGAGCUAAGUGGAAUGAGAAUUUACUGCUUCCUAAUUUGAUACUAUUGUUCCCAAACUAUUAAUUCCAAUAAUGAGAACAUUUGCUGUGUUCUAUAGGCAUGUGAAGUAUUUUAUUUAAACCAUUUCUAAGGAUUCGGAUUCAAAGGUUUUACAUACAGCAUUUAUCUUAAUGAAUAUAGUCUAGUCUUUGAGAGAUCAUGUAUCAUCAAGGUCUGCAGAAUUUUCAUUGUCAUUUGCAACAAGGGCUUCCCUGUUCUCAUAAGUCCAGAAGCCAUUCAGAUCGAUCAGAAUGGUGGUGACUGUGUCUCCUUGAUUACUGUUGAUUAAGUCCUGAAGAGAGAUUCUCAAAGGAUCCUUUGGUUUUACCAUGUCAAAGAUUUCAUCCUGCAACAGAAAAAAAAUCACAGUGAAAUCUGAUAUAUGAUUCACUUAAUUUCUAUCACACAGUGACCUAAAAUUCAGCACUUAAGCUUAUGUAAAAUUUUUAUUCCAGUUUUUUCUUUUCCAUUCAACAGAUAGGUAGUUUCCUUUAUGUACAAUCACAGAAUUGUAUGGAAGGUCCCUCACGUAGGUGAUAACUAUCCCUCACUGAGGAAUAAACAGGCUCAGAGACUGAGCUAACACAAGCUACAUAGCUAAUAGCUAAACUGUCUAAUGCAUGUUAACUACUUUUCUUUUGUUGGUGGUAAAGCAAAGCCUUCAUUUAAUUUAAAUGCAAACUCAGCUCAAAGUAAAAACUUAAAUGCUUCAGAGCCAAGACUAUGACAAAGAUUAUUUCUAAUAUUGAUGUCAGCCUUUUACUCUGGACCUAGGAUGGGGAUGGGGGUUGGUAUUAAAGAAUUAGUCAUCUGGAAUGACAUGAAAUGGUGCUAAAACUUACUGAACAGAUGGAAAUACUUCUAUGUUAUGAAAUGUACUGUAUGAAUAUUUACAAAGAAUUAG